AUGAAGACCACCCCCGACUUGGUCGGGGGACGGUAUAAUCCUGGUAUCCCUAACCAGACCAACGAGGAGCGUAAGAGACGCUUCAGUCUGUCUGUGGAGUCAAAGAGCGGGCCUGAUGCUCUUUUGGCUGAGGUGCAAAAUAGGAGUAACGAGGAUUACAGAGAUAUAUCCUUCCCACCUCAUAAGUUGGAUAAAACAUACCAACUGCGCAUUUCUUUUGAUACAAUCGACAUUCGCUACUAUGAAGAUAAUGACCCUAUGGCAGAACUAUACGACGACGACUCGCUUAGUCUGAGAAUGCGUCGCAUGUCCGAAGACCAUGAUAGCGGUCGAGGAAGACGCCGUGAAUCAGAUUUGAAGAUUCCAGGCCGUUCCCCAGUCGGAUCUCCCAGCGCUUCCCCAACGAGAAUGAUGUCGCCUCACAGAAACAUGGCAUCCAUGUUUCGUGGCAUGUUGAAGUAUCCAACAACACCAAUCAUCACCCACAGGGGUACAGCCUUCACUCGUAUCCACCAUCUUUUUGAGGAUUUGUAUUUGGGCAAACUCGCUAGUAAAGGUUUGGGUCCUGUGUUGCCCCGUCGUGUCAUAUUGAUCUACAUCUCUGGUAGAAAGCACACUUGGGUUGCACUCGACUGGAUUCUUCGCAACUUCAUUGAACACGGUGACUCCAUCAUUAUAGUGUCAGCGAUUAACCACAAGUUAGCUCCACCCUCAGAUGGACAGACCAGAUAUCCCUCGCCCAAUGCUUAUGCUCCGAAAACUCCGAGAGUUAGACAAAGACAACGCAGAAGACCAGAAUUUGUCAAAGAGAUUACUAGGAGUGUGAUGCACUACGUCUUAAAUGUUAUCAAUAAGGAUGUCAUUGCAAAGGUUGCGGUAGAGAUCAUUGAUAGUAACACCAAAGAUGCCUUGAAGGACAUGUACAAACUUUACGAGCCAAAUAUCGUCUGUGUUGGUUCCAAGGUGAAUACGAAGAACAGUGCUCCGCUCAAGUCCUGGCAAUCGUCACGUUUAAGUGACAGACUUGUUAAGAAUUUUCCCUUACCAGUGAUAGUUGUGCCAGCGCUGAACAUGAGUGAAUUUGAGAAGAAGGUUCAGCUUCAAUUGGAGGAGGAAGCUACUGGCAAGACAAAAACAAUAGAUCAAUCUGAUGACACCCAGCCGGCUGGGAAUACCGGAAAGAUGAAUAUCAUUAAACGCAAGAAGAAGGAUGGCGAUGAUGAACUCGAGUCGCUACUUUCCUCUGACGAUAGCGACUCUGUCACCAGUUUCAGCGGCAAUUCCGUUGCAUCUUCUUCAUCUUAUUCCAGUUUUAAGGAGGUUGCCGAUGUCUACAAAGAAUACCGUCUCAGCCUUCACGAUAAGCUAGAUGAGUUGAAGGUGCACAAAAUCGAUGAAAGUUACUUCGUCAAUUUUGCCAAGGCUAUAUCAGAUAAGUCUCUUCAAUUUUGUGACGAGUUGAGAGGAAUUGACCCUGAUUUUAAGGGCAAGGGUGCUAAACUCGCUAGCGCUAUCACAGGGUCGAACUCAUUUGGUAAAGUUCCAUAUAAGACCAAAUCAUUGCUCGAACCGGAGCCUGCACGAAGCAUUAACGGACCUUCUACAGGAAAAUCAUACAGUGAGUUGAAGAAGACCCUUACAAGGAAUGCUCAGAAUAAUGAAGCGAGGAAUAGUCCCGCUCCUCCAACUUCUAGUUCUCCGCCUCAGCAAAUUCAAUUUGCGAAUCACAAGAACGUCCCCAGUAUUACCAUUGAUGACAGCUCAAAACCAAGCAAGUCGCCUACGCCAGCCCCCAAUUCCAGCUCGUCGAAGAUUUCCGAUCUGGGAACCCCUCAUAGACUGAAGGAGAGAGCAAAUGGGUUGAAAAAGUUCUUCUCCAACGAUGAGCGUUCCGUGCACCAGAGUCUGAUCAAACCAACGAAAUCCAAUCCAGAGGUUCGUUCAAAUGAUAGCGAUGACAAGAAGAAGAAAAAAAAGAAGAAGUUCUGGAUUUUCUGA